AUGGAGACCAGUCCCCAUCUCCUUAGGCAAGUGGACCUUACCUACCGUGCAAGUACAGUUCCGCUUAGCAGCACAUCCUUGCCAACUGCCUCUAUCAUUGAGGCCACAACCUCUAGGAGAGACAACUUCAAUAUCCUGUCCUCACAUGCCACAAGAGGUUUCAUCGAGGAGCCUCUUACAAUUGCCACAGCAGACAAUCGCAAAAGUCUGGGUCAGGAUAUGCCAAGAGCAGGCCAGGAUUGGCUUUCGAAAACGCCAUCCUUUGAGUCCAGAGCUGACGACGAUAUGUCCCCUACUUCAUCAUUCGAAGUGAUGGAUGGCUCUGAAGUUGAUCAGAUUACCUAUCAGGGAUUCCCGUCCCAUAUAUCCAGCAUGCCAUGCCAGGUGCCCCAGAAGAUCAUGGAAUACCCAACUGAUCCUGAACAUGUUGGUCCUCCCGCAAUUUUUGAGAGUACCAACAACCCCUGGCUACCAUUGAUGAUGGGAAUCCAUGGCGAGCAAUGGCACACGCAAUAUCUGUCUUGCGGAAUUUCUAGGUGGUCUAAUUCCGAGAACAUCGCCAAUGGCUGGCCAGUCUCGGACAUUAUCAACGACACCUCUUUGGCAAGCUCUAACAUACAAGAAUGCGUAGUGAGAAAUGGGAUUGCUUCACAUUUCACCCGCUACAACUCCACUGGGUUAUCCCAGAUAUCAAUCUCCAAUGGGUCAGAUUCAGGACACCUUUAUCAAACACCACUGCUGGGACCUACAUUCACUUCAAAUGAAAAGCCUUCCAUGGCACAACUCGAUCAGCUUACAUACCCAACAAUUCAGGAUGCAGCAGCGGAAUCAGAGGUUGAGUUUCGUUGUAAAAUGCCAGCCAGCCUCUCUACAGUCUCUCCAGAGUCAGCAGAUCCACAACUUCUGGCAGACUCGACUUCCACCAUGAACGACAUGGAUAAGAAAAAUGCGCUACUUCUUGAAUGGAAGCGAUGUGGUCUAUCGUACAAAGACAUAAAGCGCAUUGGAAAAUUUAAAGAAGCCGAGUCGACACUCCGGGGGCGGUUUCGCACCCUCACAAAAGCGAAAGAGCAGCGGGUGCGGAAGCCAACAUGGCAGAACAAGGAUAUUAUCCUCUUGUGUGAAGCAGUAAAAGCAUACGCAGAAACACCAAGUACGUACACGCCAUUGGUCCAUGAGCGCUUGCUCUCGAACACGGAGCCGCCGAAGGUAUCAUGGAAGAAGGUUGCACAAUACAUCUGGAACCAAGGAGGGAGCUAUCAGUUUGGGAACGCGACAUGCAAGAAGAAAUGGUGUGAGAUACAUGAUGUCAAGAUUUGA